UCGUUGUUUGCACAGGAUGGAAUUCUCGAGCACGGUUUCACGGCCCAAAAUACAUUGUGUGUUUGGCCUGUCUUGGUAGUUGCAACGAUCGGUGGCGCCGGCCAUGAGUCGAAGCGGCAGCCAGGUAGACGUUCGACAGGCGUAUCCUCAAAAGGCAGUCGUCCAAGCGCAGGUGGGUGCGCUGGCCCCCUCGGCACCCCCCGGUCUCAACCCUAGCUUUGAUCUCACGCGACCUGCCACGGCACGUGUCGACGUAACUCCAUCUCGGCAGGGGGGUGCGAGCGGAAGCGGCAGUGACUCCAGACCGAACCGCCCCACGAGUGCUCACACUCGGCUCUUGACCACCUACGGCGCCGUCCAGCCGAGUCCAGAUCAGGCUGCCGUGAUCACAAAACAAGACUUGCGGCGCAAGCGAACAGAAGAGUACUUGAGUGACCGCGUGCGCCAGAUAUACAACGACGUCGGUCGCGAUAACCGGCCAGUGAAGAAGCACUUGUUCCACGAUGGAGGCACAGUGGGCAGUGGUAGUGGCGGCCGCACCACCACCACAACGUACAAAGGAGACGCCGAGUCCCUCCAAGACACCAUCCAUGCGCUCAAGUUUCAGUUGCAGCAAGAUGCGGAUAAACGUGCCAAACUGGUCGCCCGUUGUCGGCGGCUCGAGCAGGUUGUCGCGAUGAAAGACAAAAAGCUCGAAGAGGCGCUGGCACUGCAAACCCAGCACGGGUCGUACAACUCGUGCCAACGCGAGCUGGCGAACCGCGAACGCGCCUACAAUCACAUGCUGGGCAAGCUCCGCGAAAAGAUCGAUCAGCAGGCGACGACGCUGGCGGCGUACGAGGACACGGUGAACGACUUGAAGGCAAGCACAAAGCACACCCGCGUGAUGGAGCUGGAAGAAGGGCUCACACAGGUUGCGAUGGAAUUACGCCUGAUGCAAACCAGAGUCGAGGAAGGCGAGCAGCAGUUGGCGCAGUGCCACAAACAGCUCGAAGAUCGAUCAGAGAGCACGGCGCAGAAGGCAGUCAAGCGACUCCGCACAGUUGUCUUGUCCCUGAACGAAGAUAAGAAGCGCUUGGAAAAAGAAGUCAAAGUACUCAAGGCGUACAUCGUCGCAAAGGAGCGGGAGCUGGCGGCAUUCACGGUUGCAGCCAAGAGUCAACUCAAACCAAAACCUGUCCACAACGUCAUGUCUCCGCCAAAGACCAGCGUGACCCCACGCCCCGCGGUCGUGCCAGACCCACCGACCCCGAAACCUCCGCCAGCCAAGCCAGCCGGCCGACCACCUUCUGCAAGUCGCAGCCGUCCCACGAGCACCCCAGGCCGCGCUGUUGCGAUCCCCCAGCGACCCUCGAAAUCCGAGCAAGUGGUGGUAGAACCCACCAAAUCGACCACGCCGGCAAAAAAAUCGUUCAAACCGGCGCCACAGCCAGCUGCAAACAUGGUCCCACCUCUGCCGUUGAACACAUGCUCGACAGUCGAGCCGAUGUCACCCGAUAUUCCAUCGCCUCCCCCACUGGAAAAACCAGCAGGCUUGGAGCUCCUUCAAGCUAAAGUGGCAUCGGCAGCCCCAACGUCUACAUCAGCGCCGAGCGUAGCCGUCGCCCACGUCGAACCUGUCGUUUCAGGGCUAUCCCCCCCUGGUGUUGGCAACGCGACUGCUGCCGCAGUAGCGACGAGGCCUAGACCCGUGAUCACCUCUGACAUGGAGAUUCCGCCGAGCCCGGACAAGCCUGCCACCUUUGUCCCUCGAACGGCGGACGACGACUGGAUCGAAGAUAACGCCAAGGACACGACAGAGAUCGAGCGGAUUCUGAACGGCGCAGGGGGGCAUUCCACCGCGGACGCAGGAAUAUAUCCGACCAACGACGAUGACAUGGACGAGGCGGAUUUUCAAGCACUCAUGGCGUUUAAAACGUCGCCGCACGAUGCAGCCACGGCGGAUGGCAAGGGUGGGGGCUGUCCAGGCGAAGUAGUAGAAGCAGCCAAAGGCGGCGGCGGCGAUGGGAAAGACGACAACGAAGAGAGAGACAUGGUCGGAGACAUGGCGGCACUUAAGAUCCAAAAGGUCUACAAGGUGUACUCGCGUCGACGGGACUCGAUGGAGCUACAUCGCGAAACGAAAAAACAGCACCGGCAAUCGUCGUCCAACAAAAUUCGUGAAGCCCUGGCAGGGGCGCAGGAUGCUGUCGCCAACUCGCCCGUGGCACAGACAAACAGCACUCGAAAAACAGCCCCGACAAGGAUCCCCACGGAGGCCCAGCAUCAAGCUGCGACCACGAUUCAAACGGCAUAUCGUCGGUCGUCCGUAGUCACGACCGGCGCUCCCGUGUCCAUUCAAGAAGCAGAUAAAACUGCAUGGAACUCGCCAAGAGAAGGAAAGGCUUCGGACAUCCACCAAGCCAACGACUCGACGGCAUUGGAAAAACAACGACUUGCAGCUGCUGCUCAUAUCCCGUCAUCGAGCACGUCGGAGCGAUCCAAACCUGAUGAAAGCGACGAGGAAUCGUAUUCGGAGGCCGCUACAAGUGAUGGACAGCUUACCCCAAGCAUGUCUACUUCCCCUCUAGAGCCGCAGUCGUUGGGAACGGUGCAAGGCGAAAACACAGGCGCGGACGAGUACGCCGAGCCAGUGGGAAGCGAUGGCCAGAUCACCCCCAGUGUAUCGAACGAUGGGGUGCAUGACACCACCACGAGCGACACCUUUGUCAAGGGACAUGCACUGGCUGAAGUCGACGCCAGGCCAACAGAGGAUACAAUUCCUACCGAGCCCGGUGACGGCGGCGAUGAAAACCAUUCGGAGCCAGGCUACAGCGAGGGCUACCUCACGCCAAGUUCGUCGGGUCAGGAUACGGUCUAUCCAUCCGAAGGAAGCAAACAAGAUGCGGCGGCGUGGACCAUCCAAAAAGCAUUCCGUCACGCGUCCAAGUCGAAACGAAUCCCCAGCGGCCGUUCUCGCCCACCCACUUCCAACGACGUCAUGGACGACGUGUAUUCAGAUGUCGCUGACAGCGACGAUGGCAAUUUGUCUCCAAGUGGAUCGCAAGCCACAUGGACCACUACGUCCCCCGAGCCAGCUCCACCGAGUGAGGUCGACCACACUGCCGCCGCAACGACCAUUCAAAACGCAUACCGUCGGUCGGUCAUGGCAAAACCAAGCGCUGAGAACGAAGCGAUCCGUGCUGGGGAAGCUCGUGACGACGGAGACGAAGAUGCCGUGUACUUGGAAGUCGCUGCGAGCGACGGCGUCCUCACUCCAACUGGAUCGGACCAUGCAUUGGUCGACACGCCCAGCAAAGACAAUUCGCCAAAUGAAGGGCAGCAAGCAGCCGCUGCCACCACGAUUCAAAAGGCAUUCCGUGCGUCAAGUUUGGGAGCAAAGAGCCACGUGCGAUCGCCCGACUCGACACUAGAGAUCGUGGCAGGCGACCCAAGGGAGAGUGGUGUCGUUGAGCCAGCGGCCACCGACGGUCCAUCUCGCGGUGGACCCGACGACUUGGAUGACUCGUCUGUGGACCAUGCCAAACAGGCGGCAGCGGCUACGAUUCACAACGCAUUCCGGAGGACUUUCCCGCCAACGCCGCGUGCAUCGAAUGACGGACACCAGACGGAACGAGCCCAGACCAACGACGUUAGAACCUUGGUGGAGGAUGCAUCGGCGUCGCCACCAGCUCUUUCAAGCGCAACAAACGACACACCAAUCGACGGAACACCUCCAGGCGAUAUGAGCGACGACAGAGUACCAGGUGGGCCUAUGGAAGCGCCAGCGGACGACGAUUUUUACUCCGAGGCUGGAGACAGCGAUGGCAAACUCACUCCGUCCACGUCUGGUGCAAUGGCAUUGCAAGUACUGCCCCACGAAGCCGCGUUGGCGGCCGAUUUAACACAUCGUACGGUUGGUGAAACACCGCCGUUGCCGACGAUUGCCCAGAACGUAGCGCACACUUCCGUCGUGAGCGAUGCAGGUGCAGACUCGUCGACAUCAUCAGCUCUGAGCGCAAGGGUCAUCGCAGCAGUCGAGUUUGACGGCAUGGGCGAGACAUCCCAACACACAACGGCUGGGUCAACGACAGAUGCAGCCGCACGAAUGAUCCAGCAUGCAUUUCGCCACUUCUCUCCACGUAGCUCGGCUCCAUCACCUCCACCCCUCGCAGGUCGUGCAACUCCCGAUGCGGACGACGGUGGCAACGAGUACGAUGACGACGAAGCGCUUUACGACGAUCUUGCCCUGCGGGACGACGCCUUUCUUUCCGAUGACGACGACACCGCCGCCCAAAGCGCGCCGUCCGUCCAGCCUACAACUCAAAACCAAGACGUCGCGUCGGCAUCCGAUCGCAACUUGAUCGAGUCUGUGAUGGACCACUUGGACGAUACAGACGAUGCCGACAACGCGUUGAUGGGUGGCGCAGAGGCGCCGCUCGAGUACGAAGACGAGUUCAUGGACGAGGAUGACAACAACGAUGCAGAGAACGGACGCCACGGCAUCUCAGAAGACGCCCACAUCCUCGCAGACGGUGCUGGCGAGUAGUUGAGUAGGUAGUGUCGUGGCUAUUUAACACUGUAAUUCGUAUCAAUCGCAGAAUACCAAGCUAGGUUUGGUUCGUGCUUCGCCGACUCCGACGAGAGUGCAGCUUCACCAUGCUUUGGGGUGGUGUAAACUCGACUCCGUCUUUGGGAGCGUCUUGUGGGGCCACAGUUGAGCGAAUAUCGUGCUGGGCGGCGAGCCAGUCGAUUGCCACCUUAUUUGUCGCGACGAGGGUAUAAUACUCGAAGAGCUCUGCUUCUCGUUGUGUGAUCUUUGGUCGAGUGCGCAUGUCCUCGAGUACGUGUUUGGGUGGGAACGGCGGGAGCGCGAGGGAUUUGUCCAUCGCGCGCAAAACGUGCAAGAGCGCCCUGUGCAGGUGGCGCAGCUCUGAGUAGCGUCCAUGGAAGCUGAAACGGACUGCCGCGCUUUGCAUCUCAACAUAGAAUCGGACUGCUUUCCCAUCACCUUCCAGGUGCCCCGUCACGGAGAUCCCGAUCGCUUCAUCGGCAUUGCUGGUCAUGCACACUUGAAUAGGUAGGCAACG